AUGGAUCGCCUGCCUCCGGAGUGCGUGUACGCAAUUUUGCGCCGCGUUAAAACACCCGGGCCGCACAUCGCGCGGAUGGCGUGCGUGUCGACGCGGUACCGUGGCAUGGCGGGCGACCUGCUGUGGCGCUGGCACUGCCGCGACGCGCUCGCUGACUCCUUCUCGCGCGAAGACUCCCAAGGCGACGCGGAUGGCGACUCUCCUCUUAGCGAGUCCGAGAUUAGGAAUCGCGUCGUUGGGCGCGAGAGGCUGCAGCGGCAGGUGGCGCGAAUGAGGAACGGCGACGCGGCUGCGCUGGGGAAGCUCUUCAACGUGUGUCCCGGCGUGACGCCCGCGCACCUGCAGAGCCGGAGUUACUGGACUGGCGCCAAGUUCCGGCCGUAUCUGAAGCCGCCUCCGUGGGUGGCGCGCGAGGUGGAGAAGCAUGAUCGCCGCGUGCUCAGCAAGCCGCACUGCGAAAACUUUGCCCCGACCUUUAAGCUUCUGUCUGCAUGGGGGGGAAAUCCUAGGAUCUUUGCCCUAAUGAGUAUGUGCAAACGCCACAUACGGACCACGAAGUUGGACAUGCGCUGCUGUCUCCUUCAAGGGCUCAUUGUUGACUUUCGAGAGACAGAGUUCUAUGAUGCAUUUUCUGAAUAUCCUUUCAUGAAGGAUGAGUUCUGCCCUUUCUGCUCCUCCGAGGUUUGGAACGGUUGUGAAGUACAGGUUAUGUUCAAAAUGGCGUUCGCUCCCUUCCUCACUUUCAACCCGAAUGUCAAUGUCAUCGUUCCGACCAUUGUCCACUGUGUUUGCACCAAGGGGCACUGGUAUGGAAUGGAAAGGGAAGAAGACAGUGACGAUGAAGAAUAA